AUGGUUCUAGGGCCUUCUGGGCUUGGGGUGGUUCAAAUUCCCUCCAUUGCCUUCUUGGUCUCUCAGGAUGAGCCUGCUGAGUUCCAACACGUUCCAGUGCUACCAAAGUCGCCGGAUUCGUUCCAAUUGAAGCACAUCUUCCACCACGGUAUGGGCGACAAAUUCAGGAUACACAGGCGGUUGGACGUGACUCCAGCGUACUUGGAGAAGCAUAGAUCACACUUCGAGGCGUUGGUUCUGGCAACCAGCAACAAGAACGACGAAGGCGUAGAUACCCAGCAUUUGGAGUCGGUUUACAACCAGAUGGACUGGCCCAAGGUACACCACGGAAAGAAUCCGUUUGACAUCAAGCUUUCGAUCAAGAAGGCCCAGCACAAGGGUGUGGCAAUGCGGUUGAAGGAGAGACACACGCCAGGGUUUCUUGACACGUACUUGGCGUAUGCCAUGAGGGUCAAGGGACUGCCGGCAGUGCUCAACAAGAUCCACUUGGAGUGGGAGGAGGACACGGAGGUAGAGAUCCCUGAUGUCAAGGAUAAGGACACCGUGGUGUCGUUGGCUACCAUCUCAUCCAACGCCUAUGUGCGGUUUCCCGAGGACGACGACGAGAAGCGUCGUCUGGACUGGAUCGAUGUGGGAGGAUGGAUUCCCGACGAGGACCACCCCGACAUCAACUUCGGGUGGGAGGACGCUGGCAUGCGGGGCCAUGUGUUUGUCAGCGAAGACAACAAGACGGUGGUCAUUGGCAUUAAGGGCACUAGUGCAGCCGGAUUGCCAGGGUCAGGACCCGAAGAAACCGUGCCUGACGACAAAGUCAACGAUAAUCUCCUCUUCUCAUGCUGCUGCGCUCGUAUCAGCUACUUGUGGACCACCGUGUGUGACUGCUACGAGAAGACCUACACCUGCAACCAGGACUGCUUGGAAAAGGAGUUGAUGAGACAGGACAGGUACUACCAGGCGACCCUCGACUUGUAUCGCAACGUCACCGCAUUGUAUCCGCCCGAGAACCACACCAUCUGGGUGACUGGUCACUCUUUGGGCGGUGCAUUGGCGUCAUUAUUAGGACGCACCUAUGGCCUUCCCGUGGUGGCCUAUGAGGCUCCAGGAGAGAUGUUGGCCACCAAGAGACUACACUUGCCCCAGCCACCUGGGUUGCCCAAGCAUCGCGAAAAUAUUUGGCACUUUGGCAAUACGGCUGACCCCAUCUAUAUGGGAGUAUGCAACGGGGCGUCCAGUCUGUGCAACGUUGCGGGGUACGCCAUGGAAACGGCGUGCCAUACUGGUAAGCAGUGCGUUUACGACGUGGUAACCGACAAGGGCUGGCGAGUGAAUCUUUUGAACCAUCGGAUCCAUACGGUGAUUGAUGAAAUAAUUCUCAAGUAUAACGAGACUGCCCCCUGCGAAGAACAACCUCCAUGCAGAGAUUGCUUCAAUUGGCGGUUCACCAGCCACGACGACGACGAGGACGACGAGCCGUUCUUGCCCAAUCCGUUGAAACCACGGCCCCAUCGUUCCACAUCGAGCCACAAACAACCCGCUGUCACAACUACAAGCACGGCGGAACCUGAUCCCGAGGAUCCAGGGCCUCCCAAAAAGUGCUUGAAUCGCACAUGGUACGGGUGGUGUACCGAAUGGGGACACGACGACGACAGUUAG